AACUUAUAUAAUGUGUUGCUGAUAUAUGAUGGCAGGGACGGUUAAUUAAGCAUUCCAAUCCUCAGCCAUGGCCGUGGACACUACUCAACCGGAGUACUGGCUCAACUGGAGGUUCUUGCUGUGCGCGCUCUGGGUCUACUCCUGCAUGGCCUUGGCAUUCUUCUUGAUUAAGAAGUACGAGGUGGCCAGUUCACCGGACAGUAAUGGCGAUGACGGUGGAGACAGAGAAGAGGCGUUACCAUGUGUCAGACCUGGUGUUGUUUAUCUUGAAGAUUGCUGGAAGACAUGCCUUGAGGGUAUCCACCCUGGCUGGCUGCUGGCAUUUCGCGUUGUGGCCUUCUUCGUUUUGGCUUCACUGCUCGUGGUCGACAUCAUUACUGAUGGAUGGAGUAUCUUCCUAUACUACACUCAGACGGGCAAAUGUCGUAUCUUUACCUUUUGCGUGGGGUACCCAGGCCGACCAGGUUGCGGCAUAGGUUCUGAAAAUUGUUGCAUUUGUUGCGGCAUACGUUUGUUCAACAGAUACAGUAGCAGACCUUUUUAUCAUUGUCAGAUCAAUGUAUUUUUCUGUUGCAUUUGUUGGUUCUGAAAAUUGUAUAACUGCUCGACCUAUUUUUGUCGUGGAAGGAAAACAAGCUAAACUAAAAUGAGACAGGCAAAUGCUCGAGUAAAUGGACUUG